CCAUUCUACGUUUACUUAGUUAGUCUCUUAUUAAAUUUUAGAAUAUUUCUUGAAUGUUACAAAAAUAUUGCUUAUGCGGAAUUAUUGGAAAUUUGUUCAUUUUCGCUAACAGGAAUCUAACAGAAAUCUGCGGUUUUUUUCUCAGACUAUAUCGCUAUGAAUGUGUGAAUAUAAAUAUAUAAUCUCAAACCUCGUUUGGUCAGUUUAGUUAUGCGAAUCAUGAUUUUGAGGAAUCUUGGCUUUUUAAGUGUUGUGUGUGUGUUAGAGUUUAUUGCCAUUUGGACAGAUGGAAUCAUUGCCGAACCAAGUAAUUUCCUUCGAAAUACCCUUUUGGAUCAAUUAGAUGAAAUGGAAGAAUAUGGAAGACAUGGGAGUAUGUUUAAACGAAAUGCAAUUGAAUUGGCUAGUUUUACACCGUAUUUCAAUUGUAACGAAGUCUGCACAACAUUAGUGGGAUUAAGUAAAGGACCUUACUGUCCCAUUUUGAAACAAACAGAAACAACGCGGACCAAAUUUCUUCCAAAAAGCUGUAAAGAGAUUUUUAAUAAAGGAAUUACCAUGACUGGUAUAUACGAAAUUCGUCCCAAAGGUAAAUCGAUUCAAGUGCUUUGUGAUAUGGAAACAGCGGGUGGCGGAUGGACAGUUCUGCAAAAGAGAUUUGACGGUUCAGAAGAAUUCUAUAGAGACUGGCGAGACUACAAAUUUGGAUUUGGUACAUUACAAGGAGAAUUUUGGUUAGGUCUUGAAAACUUUUACAUGAUUACAGGUUCUCAAUCGACUGAACUAUUAAUCGAGUUGACAGACAAAGAUUUGGUAAAACAUGUUGUUCGCUAUCGACAAUUUGAAAUUGGACCUGAGAUAGAUGGAUAUCCUCUAAAAACGGCAUCUGGUUUUAGUGGUGCUGCAGGGGAUGGUUUGAACUGGAUUUUAGGACAGAAAUUUAGCACGAAAGACUUGGAUCAAGAUGCGUGGAAAGAGGGAGACUGUUCAGAUUUUUCACUUGGUGCAUGGUGGUACAAUAAUUGCUAUACUUCAAAUCUCAAUGGAAAAUAUCGACAUAUGGCACAUGCCGAAGGAAUCGACAGAAAAGGGAUGAACUGGGAUCCACUUACUAAAUCAGAAAACAGUUUUUUCCUUUCUGGAUCACGAAUGUUAGUUAGGCCAAAUAACUAGAACAAUAUAGAAACAAAUUUAUCAUUCAAUUUUUGUAAUGAAUGUACUGUUCCUGUUUGGACACCAAGACUGAUCUUGAGGACGAAAAUAGUACCAAGAAUACUCUUCCAUAUAGCUGUUUGGUCUACACAUCCAAAUGAAAAACGGUCCUCGAUAUACUCAUUUUCGAUAAAUAUUAUAUAAGCGUUUUAAAUUUAUAAGUAACGUGUCUCCAAAUUUCGUAAAAUAAAUUAUUAGUUUUCAUUAUUA